GAAUCUCAUAAUUUUAUGAAUCCUUAUCACAGGAGCAUCACCUUAUCUCAUCAACAAUGGAUAGUUUCACGCUCAGCACUACCGCCAAUUCCACCUCUCUCUCUUCUAUUCAAUUCUUUUCACAACCCGUUUAUCAUGCCAAGAAAUCCGGUAUACUGAAUUUCCCUGGCAGAAAACCCAAAAAGUUUUGGGUUUCUGCCUCAAGAGAUGAACCGCAGCUUGAUGACUGGGAUAGAAUGGAGCUUAAAUUUGGUAGAAUGAUUGGGGAAGACCCCAAAAUCACUUUAGCCAAGAUAAUGGGUAGAAAAUCGAAUCCAGAUGUGUCUUAUUUGGAGAUUGAGAAGUUAUUAGAUAAGAAGAAGGGGAGAGCACUGGAUGAAGGAGUAGAGGAGAUCCCAUUCGAUUUGCCUGGUCAAAAGAAGUCAGUGAAAUCCGUGCAAGGGUUAAAUUUGGUCCGGCCUGUGUUAAAGAAAGGAUCCAAGUUCGAAGAAACUGCUAAACCUGUGGAAACAAGUGCUAAAAGUCCUAUCAGCCGUCCUAUGAAAAAGGCUUCAGAGGCUUCACAAGAGACUAAAAGCAGCGUUCCUGAUGUUAUCUUGCGAAAACCAAGAUCAUUUAAUGAGGAUGAUGGUGCGAGUGGAUCCACAAGGUUCGGAAUGAGACCAAACUUAUCACUGAGAAUGGGAAAUGAGCCGCAGAAAGAGAGGUUUAGUGAUAUUACAUUGUUAAGGAAACCUGCACCAUUGACAUCUGGAUCUGCAGUUGGAGAAGAAGACAGCCGCCCAAAUUCUUUGGAUAGUAAAACUGGAUUGGAGGAAAAUUCAUCUACCGAAGGAAGCAGUUCUGCCCCUCUUCUGAAGAAGCCAGAGCUGAUGAAGCUCAAUUCAAAAGCUGAAGCCAAUCAUGAUUCACCAAAUGAGCAUACUGAACUUAGCUCCAAUGAUGUUAUGACCGAGAAUAGGACGGAUGUUUCCGACUCAGAGAAUCGUCAAGCAACUACAAACACCGUCAAUCAAAACUGGUUCCAUGAAACCAAUCAAGAUGAAUCUGCUUCAGAUGAGGGGUUGGGGAAAGAAUUGCAGGCUGAUAUGCGGUCUGGUGGGCAAACAUCCACUUCGGAUGAACUUCCUUUAACUACACAUGCAGUGUCUAUAGAUACUAUGCUUAUAGGCAAACCAGAAAGAUUAGAUCCCGCUGUUAAACCAGCAGAUCAGAAAAUUAGAAAUGAGGCAGUUCCUAUAAACCCUGACAGCUUGGGUAAUCCAUCCGAUCUGGAGAACUUCAUUGCAUCAUCACCCAUUAAGGAUCGGGAGGAGGAUGACUGGACUAGAGUAGAACAGCUGGUUAAGACUGGAGAAAGAGAAGAAGUGGAAUUGAUCAGCGCCAGUACUAGAGGAUUUGUUGUAUCAUUUGGCUCCUUGAUUGGUUUUCUACCAUAUCGUAAUCUUGCUGCUAGGUGGAAAUUCUUAGCUUUUGAGUCCUGGUUGAGAAGAAAAGGUUUAGAUCCAUCCCUUUACAGGCAGAACCUGGGCAUAAUUGGAAAGUAUGAAGCUAGUAGCGUGAUGGAUUCGCCUGAGUCUGUGAAAAGUUCAGAAAUUGAUAGCAAGACUGAUGAGGCAUUGACACAAGAUAUGAAACUGGAGGAUCUUCUUAUGCUCUAUGACCAAGAGAAACUAAAAUUCUUAUCAUCCUUUGUUGGUCAGAGGAUCUACGUGGGAGUAGUAUUGGCUGACAGAAAUUCUCGGAGGCUAAUAUUUUCCAUAAAACCAAAAGAGAAAGAAGAAUUAGUUGAAAAGAAGAGAGAACUCAUGGCACGUCUGAGUGUUGGAGAUAUAGUCAAGUGCUGCAUUAAAAAGAUUACAUACUUCGGUGUCUUUGUUGAGGUUGAAGGGGUUUCUGCGCUUAUUCACCAGACAGAAGUUUCUUGGGAUGCCACGUUGGACCCUGCAUCAUACUUCAAAGUUGGCCAGAUUGUCGAUGCCAAAGUCCAUCAAUUGGACUUUUCGCUUGAACGUAUAUUUUUGUCAUUAAAGGAAAUAAUGCCGGAUCCCCUGAUGGAGACCUUGGAGGCCGUGGUUGGUGAUCAGAAUACUUUGGAUGGUAGACUAGAAGUAGCUGAGGCAAAUUCUGAGUGGGUCGAGGUUGAGUCGCUGAUGAAAGAACUGAGGCAGAUUGACGGAAUCCAGUCCGUGUCAAAAGGACGGUACUUUUUGAGCCCGGGUUUGGCACCUACUUUUCAGGUUUAUAUGGCCUCUAUGUUUGAAAGGCAGUACAAAUUGCUUGCUCGAGCUGGAAAUCAAGUACAAGAGGUAAUUGUGGAAACUUCUUUGAGCAAAGAGGAGCUGAAAGCUGUUAUCCUGACCUGCACCAACAGGGUGGCCUGAACGAACAAAGACGAUGGUGUCGCCUCUGCUUCAGAUUCUGCUCAUCACUUCUCGAAAUAUUGAGAGGCUAAAUGUGAAGAUGUAGUAACCAUAGGUUUGGCAAUGUGGUUGUAGUUUGUUAGGCUUUUCCCCCUCUUGUAAAUCUCACAUAUAUUAAUUUUGCCUGAAAUACAGUUGAUUUUAGUCAA